AUGCCUUUUUUAAUUUACCAGCUAAUCAUUUCUCAGAGUUUACACAAGGAAGUUUAUCUUCUUUGUGUUCAUGGUCUUUCUCAUGUUCCUUGCACAGUCUGUGAGCUCGUUUGUAAACUGAUUUAUGAGGUGCCAUUUUUUGGAAGCUUGGCUCGUUGA